UUACAUUCCUCUACCCCACCUCCAGGUUGUAGCAGUGUUACUGGAGGAGGAACUAUCCAGUAGAACAGCUGAACCCAAACGCUCCACCCACUCUAACAUGGCCUUCAGUGACAACAUGGUCACCAUGGUUACAUCACAACAACUACUGGCUGGUCGGCAUGUGGUGAGUGCGAGCUUCUCCCCCACCCAACCUCAGCUGCUGCUGCUGGCAUUCAGUCUACCUGCUCAGGGCUCCAGUGGGAAUGUCCCAGCAACGGUUGCCAGGCGUGGCCUGGUGUGUCUGUGGAACAUCACAGAACCCUCCAGGAUACAGAAAGUGCUGAUGUGUGAGGGGACCCCGACCUGCUGCUGUUUCAGUCCCACCAGACCUACUCUGGCCUUCGCUGGGACGGACCAUGGCUCAGUAGUAGUGUGGGACCUACGUGAACUGUCCUCCAUGCACUUUGUGUACAAGGUUGGGGAGGAUGAGUGGCUCAUCAGAUCUCCUACUUAUACUACAGAUGGGGUAUUUGGUACCGACCUGGGUCACCACGGCACAGUGAAGUCUCUGGUUCCUGUGGUGUCUGUGGAGGAGAGUCAUCGGGUUGCAGCCUCCGUGGAGAAAAUACAGACAGCCCACGGAGGCCUGUCCUUCCAGCUGGCCUCUAUGGAUGAGGGAGGAGCCAUCAUCUUCUGGACUGUGAUCGAAGUGUCCAGAUCAAGCCUUGAUGCCUCAGAAACUGACCUGGGUCUCACACCAGGUGGUCUCAUCAAGAUAGUGAAAAGUUCCUCCUUCAGCCUGCAGAAACUCUCAAGGAAAGCAAACCUGUCUGGCCCGAUGUCUGCCCGAUGUCUGCAGCUUCACCUGACAGACCCUAACCACUUCUUCAUAGGAACUGACAUGGGCUACAUUUUACACAUGGUUCGGCAUGGAGGCAGAGCCCUGCCUGGACUCUACACUACUGAGCAAGAAACAGUGACAGAAGUGACAGCUAUGGAUUUCUGCCCUUUUGGAUUCGACUACUUCUUGGUAAGUCGAAGAAGUUAA